AUGGUGCCCGUCGGGGUGCUGGGGCUGCUCCUGUGUGUGCAGCUCUGCGGGGGCACCGGGGAGCUGCGGCUGGUGGACGGCGGCGGGCGCUGCGCCGGUCGGGUGGAGGUGAAGCACAACGGCGAGUGGGGCUCCGUCUGCAACUACGACUUCGACUGGGGUGCCGUUUGGGCCACCGUGGUGUGCCGGCAGCUGGGCUGUGGCCUGGUGGCCAAGGCGUCCGUCUACACCCCGUUCGGGCAGGGCACCGGCCGGAUCUGGCUCCAGCCCUUCUUCUGUGGGGGUGACGAGAAGACGUUGCAGGACUGUCCCCACUUCGGCUGGGGACGGCACUUCUGCGGCCACGAUCGGGACGUGGGGGUGACCUGCACAGACGCGGUGGAGCUGAGGCUGGCGGCCGGCGGGGGUCCCUGCGCCGGGAGGGUGGAGGUGAAGCUGCAGGGCCGCUGGGGCUCGGUGGGGGAUGACAACUGGGACAUGGAGGACGCCGAGGUGGUGUGCCAGCAGCUGGGCUGCGGCUCGGCCACCGGCGCCUACAUCGCCAGCAGACGCUUCGGCAAAGGGGACGGCCCCAUCAGCCUGGCUGUGAUCGACUGCCGUGGGGACGAGGCCGCCCUCUGGAACUGCGAGGUCCGUGGCUGGGGACCCUACGCGGGCGUUCACGACUUCGACGCCGCCGUCGUCUGCCAAGGGUUUGCCCGGCUGGUCGGCGGUGACAGCUCCUGCGCUGGGCGGCUGGAGGUGCGACGGGGACGAGCCUGGACCAGCGUCUGCGAGGACCACGUGGACAUCAAGGCCGCCCGGGUGGUCUGCCGGGAGCUGGGCUGCGGCGCGGUGCUGGCCAUCCCCGGCUCCGGACGGUUUGAGGCGGGAAAGGGGCCGCUCUGGGACGAGGGGUUUAAUUGCACCGGCACCGAGCCCCUCCUCGCCGCCUGUGCCCGUCGGCCAGCCCGCGGCCGGGGCUGCACCGGCCAUGCCAGCAUCAUCUGCUCCUCCUACACAGGUUUCCGGCUGGUGGGCAACAACUCGAGCUGCGCCGGGCGGGUGGAGGCAGAGGCGGGGGGGACAUGGGGGUCCCUCUGCGCCACCGGCUGGGACCUGCCCGACGCCCACGUCCUCUGCCACCACCUCGGCUGCGGUCCCGCCGCCGCCGUGCCCCCGGGAGGCUUCUUCGGCGGGGGGGACGGGCCGCUGCGGCGGGACACCUUCAACUGCGCCGGGAGCGAGCGGCACCCGGGCGAGUGCCCCGUGGUGGUGCUGGGGGAGCCCGCCUGCCCCCCCGGCCACGCUGCCGCCGUCAGCUGCUCAGGCAUUGCCGAGCCCCUGCGGCUGGUGGAGGGCGAGAGCCGGUGCGACGGGCGGCUGGAGGUCGCGGCAAGCCCCGGGGUCUGGGCCCGCGUGCCGACGGGGCUGUGGGACGCCCGGGGUGCCGGCGUGGUGUGCCGGCAGCUGGGCUGUGGCGUGCCAGAGAAGGUCUACGGCGUGCCAGGCUCGGGCACCGCAGGGCUGCAGGGGCUGCGGUGCGCUGGCACCGAGGAGAACCUGGCCCAGUGCAACGUCUCGGGGACGGCCGCCACGCCGACCGGCAGCCCUGAGGAGGUGGCUGUCGUCUGCUCGGGCAGCCGGCGGGUGAGGUUGGCGGAUGGCCCCAGUCGCUGUGCCGGGCGAGUGGAGGUCUACGUCAAUGGCACCUGGGGCAGCGUCUGCCGGGAAACCUGGGGCAUGCCGGAUGCCGCCGUCGUCUGCCGCCAGCUGGGCUGCGGAACGGCGCUGGCGGCAACCGGCUCGGCUCGCUUCGGUCCCGGCACUGGACCGCUGUGGCCAGGUACCGGUGGCUGCGCCGGGACCGAGGCGUCUCUCUGGGACUGCCCGGCUUCGGCACGGCACGGCUGCCGGCGCGAUGGCGGGGCGGCUGCCGCCGUCUGCUCAGAGCAGCUCUCCCUGCGGCUGGCGGGCGGCAGCGGCCGCUGCAGCGGGCACCUGGAGGUGUUCUACAACGGCACCUGGGGCCGCGUGUGCGCCAACGGCACCGGCCCCGCCACGGCCACCGCCGCCUGCCGGCAGCUGGGCUGCGGGGACGGGGGGAAGCUGGUGGUCAACCGCAUCGAGGAUGCGGUCCCUGCCUGGUUGGCUUGGGUGGGCUGCGAGGAGGGGGCACGUUCGCUCUGGCACUGCCCCUCGGCACCCUGGCACCUGCAGCCCUGCAGCUCCGGCAGGGACGCCUACGUCGCUUGCGAUAAGGACAGUGGCGGCACGAGCGGGACGCCCACCCCGUCCCCGGGGAUCGUCCCCACCGGCAGCACGCCGGCGGCGGCGGCGAGGACCGACGUGCCGGUGCCGACGAUCCUGUGCGUGGUCCUGGGGUUGCUGCUGUGCCUGGCCCUGGGCGCCCUGGCCGUGCAGGCGUACCGCGGCUGGGUUCGGCGCAGAGGUCGCGGCAGAGCCACGGACACCGUCUCCGACGCCAUCUACGAGGAGCUAGACUAUCCCCUGACGCCGGAGUACCAGGAGGUGCCCAGUCGCUCAGGCUCCCUGUUGGAGGGGUCGGGGACGAAGCUGCCGUAUUACACCGGGGACAGCGUGGAGGAGGGUGACCUCAAGGCGGCCCCAGACACCCCUGCCCUGCCCAAGCACGGCCCCCCGGAUGGCUACGACGAUGCCGUGGCCGCGACGGAAGAGUCCCCUGCUCCCGACACUGGGGAUAUCUCCGAGGGGGUGGCACAGGGGAGCUGGAGCUGUGACCAACCCACAGGUGGGAGUUACCCCCCGCCAAGUCCCCCAGGAGCCACAGGGGACCCCCUGACACAGCCCCCGGGGAGCACAGACUAUGACGAUGCUGGCGUCAGCACGCUGGGGACAUCGCUGUGAGGACGCCUGGGUCUCACCGCGGGAGUCCCUGGGGACACGCGUGCAGGGUGGUGGAGCUCUGUCCCCAAGGAAGGGUGGCCCUGGCCGUGGAGGUCACCUCUCCCUGCCCAGGACCGCAGCAAAACAGCUCCCGUUCCCUCCCACGAGCAGCGCUGCAGGGAUUUCUUUUUUUUUUUUAUUUCACUGUGAAUUUAUCUUUUU